AUGGCCACAGCGGACACCACCUUGCCGUCCAUCAGUACGCUGACCGCCCUAGGCCCUUUUCCAGAAACACCGGAAGACUUCCUCAAGUGGUGGCGCUUUGAGGACGUGCAGGGCUUGGGCCCCGGUCCCCCAGACCCCACCCGGCCGCUCCUCCAUGUGAGGCCAAAGUCGGAGGACGCGCCUGGAGAGGAAGAAGACGACGAUAAGGACGCGGCCACUGCCUGGGACCUGGAUCUCUUCCUCACCAACUUGCAGGGUCCGGAGCCGGGCGGCGUGCUUCAGACCUCCGCUCUGGCACCGGGCGAAGGUCCCGGGACGCAAUUCCCACCGCAGCCCGAGACCCUGGGCACGCACGGGGGCGGCCUGGGGCUGGUGGCUGGGCUCUUAGGUCCCGAGGAGCACCCGGGCUGGGCGCGCCCAGCCCCAAGAGCCCCAGCCCCUGACUCCUUCAUGAGCCCAGCCCUGGUUCCGGCCCCUGAGCCCAAGGCGCUCCCGCUGCAGCCAGUGUACCCGGGACCGGGUGUGAGCUCCUCCGGCAGCUACUUUCCGCGGACCGGGCUUUCAGUGCCUGCGGCGCCCGGUUCCCCCUAUGGGUUGCUGUCCGGGUACCCAGCGCUGUACCCGGCCCAGCAGUACCAAGGUCACUUCCAGCUCUUUCGCGGGCUCCCAGCGCCUGCAACCAGCUCCGCCGCGCCCCCCACCUUCCUGAAUUGUCUGGGACCCGGAACGGCGGGUGCGGGACUCGGGGUAACCGGAGGAGACUCAAGAGAGAGCGCGGAGACCGCGCCAUGCAAGCGCAGCCGGCGCUCCUGGGCGCGAAGGAGGCAGGCGGCGCACACGUGCACGCACCCGGGCUGCGGCAAGAGCUACACUAAGAGCUCGCACCUGAAGGCUCAUCUGCGAACGCACACCGGGGAGAAGCCUUACGCCUGCACGUGGGACGGCUGCGGCUGGCGGUUCGCGCGCUCUGACGAGCUGACCCGCCACUACCGGAAACACACCGGACAGCGCCCCUUCCGCUGCCAGCUUUGUCCGCGCGCUUUUUCGCGCUCAGAUCAUCUGGCCUUGCACAUGAAGCGUCACCUUUGA